CACUGAUUUGUCUGACACUGUGAGGACCUACAGAUAUUUGCUUCGUGAUGAAGUCUAUGACAUUGUUCGUUGUGUUGGCCGUGGCCGUCCUGGCGGCAGCUCGGCCAGAAAUCCUGGACUUCGAGGGCGAGGAUCACCAGCACCAGCAGGAGGGAGACGCCGGGGACCACGUCGAAGGAUCCUACAGCUGGACGUCCCCCGAAGGCGAGGAGUUCCAUGUCACGUACGUCGCCGACGAGGACGGCUACCGGGUGCUGGAGUCCAACGCCGUGCCCGUCAACCACGACGGAAUGGCGGCGGACGGCAAGCAGGGAGCCUUUGGGGAGGACGAAGGAGAAGGAGGAGAGCGAUAAGAACGGAGGGGAUAGAAGGAGAACGAUAAGGACGUGGGAAAAAGGCGAAGGAGAAAAAAAUCAGGGGAAGAGAAAGGAGGAGGUGAAAGAUACAUACGAAAGAAGACGAAAAUGAAGACCGAGGGAAGAGAGUUUAAUACAGUUAUCAUACCUUACUUGCGAUGACUCCAAAAUUAUAUACCUUUAUGCUAAUGA